AUGAACGUGUCGCGAUCUAGAGCCGUCUCUGCGGGCUCUACUGCCGGUGGUGCAAGCAUCGGUGGUGCCGGCGUCGAUAUCCCUGGCGCGUCCACGUCGCAUGCCAGCUCGUCGCUCAACGCGCCCACUGCUCGAACUCAUCGAGAGCGCGACAGAAAUGCAAGACCAAAGGACAGACAUGCGCUCGCUUUGCGCUCGAUUCGCGACUUUCUUCGUGGCCGUAGCAGUUACGAUGUGCUACCCGUCAGUUUCCGUCUGAUCGUCCUCGACACGAAACUCGUCGUCAAACCUGCACUCGAUGUCAUGUGGCAGGCUGGUGUCGUGUCUGCUCCUCUGUGGCAGUCGACGCCGCAUGAAUUGCUCGGCAACUCUCCAAAUCAACCCGAAUCAGAAUCGCAAUCACAAACGCAAAUGCAAACGCAAGAACAAGAACAAGAACAAGAACGAACGCAGUCCACCAAUGACACAGAGGCAGCACAUGACGAUGGCAAAAUUAGUCCAACCACACGCGUCACGGCAGAUGCUGUCGUCGGGGCCAAGAAGAAGCUCUCGCACAAAGCGCACCAGCUUUCCGGAUUCGCAGGCAUGCUCACGGUCAACGAUAUCAUCCAUCUGAUCCAAUACUACUACCGCCACUCGAGCUAUGACUCGGCUGCCAAAGAUGUGGAAAAGUUCCGACUCGAAAGGUUGCGCGAUAUAGAGCAGGCACUCAACGUGCCGCCUCCUCCGUUGCUCUCGGUGCAUCCGCUUCGACCGCUGUUCGAUGCGUGUCAGCUGCUGAUCAAGACACAUGCACGUCGACUACCGCUGCUCGACUACGACGAGCAGACGGGCAUGGAGACGGUGGUGUCCGUGUUGACGCAGUACCGAGUGCUCAAGUUCAUCGCCAUGAACUGCAGGGAGACGUCGGCGCUGUGGAGGAGCUUGCGACAGCUCAACAUUGGCACGUACUGUCAGAGCUAUCGCGCUUCCAGGGCGGCAGCGUCGGGUACUACAUCACAUCGCGGCUCAGAUGCGAGCGAACCGGGCGUGCUCAAGACGGACAACGGUCAGAGUUUAAACAUGAGCGAACUCAACGAUCUCGGCGCAUCGGACGAGGGCGCACGACGGCACGUGGACGCGAGCAGCGCUUCGUGCUCGGCUUGGAAUGGUGGUGGUAUAGAGGCGGACGGUAGUUCGGCGGGAAACGCGUUUGCACCGAUCGCAACGGCUACGUUGGACACAACGGUGUUUGACGUAGUGCACAUGUUUUCGGAACGAGGGAUAUCGGCGGUGCCGAUCCUGGACGAAGAAGGCAACGUGGUGGAUAUGUACGAGACGGUGGAUGUGAUUACACUGGUACGUACAGGAGCAUAUACGUCGUUGGAUCUCACGAUUCGGCAAGCGCUGGAACGGAGAGCUCCAGACUUUUCAGGCGUGUGGACGUGCUCUCCCGACGACUCGCUGGCGUCGAUCUUUGCACUGCUGCGCAAGCGACGCGUCCACCGGCUGCUGGUGCUGGAACCCGAAGCUGUGGCGUUGAAGAGCGAGACAUCGGACCAAACGACUGCGCUGGAUGAAUUGGACAGCUACGUCGACGAUUUAGUCGAGCACCAACGGCUGCGUGACAAGAAAGAUACGCAGGCAUUCUGCGAUAAUCUCAAGACGCCGUUCGAGCUCAGGUUGGAAAAGGGCGAUCCGGUCCGCAGAACUAGAGGCACGCUGGUCGGCAUCGUAUGCUUGAGCGAUAUUCUACGCUACGUGAUUGGCGAACACAAGCUGGACGACUCAGUCGGCGGAAUCGGCACCGGCGUCGGUGUUAGUAGAGCCACGAGUAUCGCCAGCUCCACACCAAGUAGUCAGCAUGACGAUCAACACCAGGCCAACGGUACGGCUCACCUCGCGUCCGCCUCUACUGGCCCCGAUGCUCCACAGACCAUCCCCGAACACGAAGCGUUGCAUCUCCCCCCACAAUGA